AAGAGAUGAGAAAACAAUUUUAGAUCGUAAGUGUACAUUUUAUUUAUUUACGCUCCAAGUAAUAGUAAAAUUUUGUUGGAAUUUUUCAUAAAAUUGCACUAAAAAUAUUUCGGGGACUUACAUGUGUGUUAAAUUGCACUGGUAUCAUUGAAAUUUAUUUUCCAAAUACGUGAACUGAACGAAUGAGAAUUUCGAGAGAAUGUUUGUUAAUAGGUAGUGGAAUAUAUUAUUCACUUUGUAUAUGCAUAACAUUUAAAUAUUAUUUUAAUUAGAAUUUCAAAAGCAAUAAAUUUAAAAUUUUUGUUAACACUACUGCAUAUUGCAUAUAAGUAUUUAUAAUAUUAUUGUAUCUACCGUUUGUAUGGCAACAUUAGGAUGCAUGGAAAUACAACCGUGUGCAUAAAAAUAACUACAUAUGACGCCGAUAGCAGAGCAGAACGGAUAAAGACUUCGGCUAUUUCAUAUGUCGUAAAUUUUGUUCUCGAGUUAAUUUUUAUUAGUGAAUUUUGUUAAAACUGUGUUUAAUGGUGAAAAUAUUGAGUUCUUAAGGAUCAAUACACUAUAUAUUAUUAAAUAUAAAAACUUCGAAACAGAUGUGACAAAUUUGUACGCGAAUACAUAAUAAACGCAAAAUUUUAUAGUUGAAAAGUUUUUCAUUAUAAAAACAAAAAAAAAAUAAUAAUCAAAUUCGCAUGCACGAAAAUUGGACAACCAAAAAAAAGAACAAAUAAAACAAGUUAUAAAUACAAAACGAAUCGAUUCAUCCACUCAUCCACACUGCUUGGUGCACGGUUAAUUCAGAUUUAUAAUAUUUUCGGAUUGUGAAGUGCGUUCAUUGGAUACGGUUUGGUUAUCAGACACACUAAAGAGUGCAUGGGACAUUGCACAUCAACAUCACUACUAAAAUCACCACCACCACCACAACUAUCACUACCACUACAAUAACAACAGCAACUACUACUCCCAACUUCAACUUCAACCACAGGCAUUAAUGUCAAUAUAGGCGCUUUAAUCAGUAUAAAAACGCAAUUAGUUAAGUUGCAGGACAUCAUAAGCAUCUCAGCGCCUUCUACUGCAUAUUUGUGGCCACGCAUGUUGUACAUUGACCGAAGCAAAUAAGCAAGAACAAGCUAAGGGUAUUGUUGCGCGCGCGAGAUAUAUUUUGCAUACAUACAAGUAACGUGAGAAAAAAAGAACAAAAUUAAUAAAUUUGCAAUCGAGAGUCGGUUAUAUAGUAAAUCAAAAAUAAGCUAAUUGCACAUACGCACACACAUACACACACACACACACAUCGCUGCUCACCACAAUGAGUCUGUGGAAGAGUAUCGCUCUCUUUCCAGAGCUUGAAAAGCGCAUGACUCAAUACUACGACGUCAAGGGCCUCGCCGAGAUACGCGUGCAAUUUGCACCGUGGAUUGAAGAGAUAAUAAUGUCCAAUCACGAACCGCCGAGUAACGAAAAAAGCUUCGAACUAUUAGUCAACACAUUCUACGAGGGACUCAAACAGAAACUCAUUACAUUGGAUGGUGAUAGUUUAUUGAAAUUUAAACUUCGUGAAAUUGUCGCACAUCUCACACAAACCGCACCCGUCGAGCUAUUUUCAUACGUGCGUAACGGUUUACUACGUGAAAUUCAGGCAUUAAAGGAAGGAAUGCCUCAAAAUCCCUACAUGUAUAAUUCAAAUAUUAUUGGUGGUCAUGUGAAUGGUAUUGGCGGCAUGAAUGCAGGUAAUCCCUAUUUAAGCGGUGGCGGCGGCGUCGGCGGCGUCGGCGUUGGCAACGUUAAUGAUGUGCAUAUGACCGAUGAUGCGUAUACCUUGCCGGCGCGCAUACAAAAAUUAGCCGUCGAUGUGGAGAAUAUGCGUUUGGCUCUAACGAAUUUUCAAGCUGAACAGGAUUCGGUGUACAAUUAUUUUAGUGAUUUCAAUCAAACGCGUGCAAUGAUGUCGCCACAAGAGAUACAGGAGCGUGAAAAUCAAUUCAAGGGACAGUAUCUUAUUUUAUCCGAACGUAAGCAGGUGGUCGUAACCGAUUUGCGACGCGUUAUCAAUGAAUACGAUAAGGUGCAGGACCAAGUGAUAAUGGCAUUGAAAAUGUGGCAACGUAAUCAAGCGUUGGCUGGCAAUGGUGCGCCAUUCCAUGAUAAUUUAGAUGACAUACAACGCUGUAUAGAGAUGUUGGUGGAUAUGAUUGCCAAAAUUCAAUCAUACGUUACUAAUCUGCUUGCGAUGGGCGAUGAUCCCGCAUUGACUGAUUCGCUAAAUCACGUGCGUUCCAUACAAAGGAUACUAGUGUUGUCCGCUUUUAUAGUGGAACGUCAGCCGCCACAAGUGAUGAAAACACAUACGAGAUUUGCUGCCGCUGUACGAUGGUUGAUUGGCCCACAACUCGAUAUUUUUAAAACUAGUCCAAAUAUUGAAUGUGUCAUCCUCUCAGAGGCCCAAGCUCAACGACACGCUGCACUUAACAGCACCACCGAUAUGCAAACAACCGCUCCACCGCAGUCUUCUGGUGAAAUCUUGAAUAACAUGAGCACUAUGGAAUUUCAGCAUGCUACACGCGUAUUUUCAGCUAGUUUUAGAAACAUGCAAUUGAAAAAGAUUAAGCGUGCCGAGAAGAAAGGCACAGAGAGUGUUAUGGACGAGAAGUUCUCUUUACUAUUCUAUACAACUGUCGUUUUCAACGAAUACAAGAUAAGCUGCUGGACACUUUCUUUGCCAGUUGUUGUGAUUGUACACGGCAAUCAGGAGCCACAGUCUUGGGCCACAAUCACUUGGGAUAAUGCAUUUUCCGACAUAACGCGUGAACCCUUCCAAGUACCAGAGAAAGUACGCUGGGCGCAAUUAUCUGUGGCUUUGGAUACGAAGUUUGGUUCGGCGACCGGAAGAAAUUUAACCGAAGAUAAUUUGAAUUUUCUUUAUGAGAAACUUUUCCGCAACGAUGCUGGCGAACAUAAUGAGUUCAUAACAUGGGCUCAGUUCUGCAAAGAACCUUUGCCAGAUCGAACUUUCACCUUUUGGGAUUGGUUCUUUGCCAUAAUGAAAUUGACAAAGGAUCAUUUGUUGAAUCUGUGGAAAGAGGGUCUUAUUGUUGGUUUCAUCAAUAAACGCAAGACUUUGGAAGAGAUUUUACCAAGGCAACAAUAUGGCACGUUCUUACUGCGCUUCUCCGAUAGUGAAUUGGGUGGUAUAACGGUGGCUUUUGUGGACGAUCAGGGCAAUAAGCUUAUGCUGGCACCUUGGACGUCACGUGAUUUAAAUAUCCGCUGUUUGGCGGAUCGCAUACACGAUCUGAACGUAUUACGUACUGUCUAUCCAAAGAUGUUGCCACGUGAUGAAGCAUUUGUAACCUUCUAUUCACACCACGUCGAAGAACAAACAACACGUGAUGGCUAUGUUCCAAAUACAAUAAGAGCACAUGUGCCGGCCAUAGAGGGGGGCGGUUCCGUGGUGGGCACACCGCUGCAUCAGUCACAAGAUAUGUCGAUACCAAAUAAUUAUAUCGAUGAACUUGGCUUCGAUUGGAGUAUCAUCUGAAAUGGGUGGGCUGUAUGUAAUUGGUAUGAUAAAUGGUCAAAUGUUUAGUGGAGUGUGCAACAUGUCGUGCAACAGUUGCUCAAGACUUUUAAGCAGUUUUAGUGAUUUUGAUGCAAUAAUUUAUGAUGGAUGCGGUUAAAUACAUACAAACGCACGCACUGAUUUACAUUAAAAAUAAAGAAAAACACACACGUUAAGAAAUUGAUUGAGAGGAGCAAGGAAAAUAAUAACAAUAACAAUAAAAAACAACAAACAAAUAAACAAAUACAAAAAAAACACAUAACUUAUACUACAAAAAAUACAUUUUAACUAUUUGCCAUCGUUAUAUAAAGUAUAUAAUUGCUUAGAAAUUGUUGCUUUUCUAUUGACUUUAUGAAUUUUACAACAACAAUAACAAACAUUUGCAUAUAUAUAACACACAUAUGUAUAUGGCAAGAGUAAGCGGGAGAGUAACGAAU